GUCUUCUCGUUGUUUGAAACAUACAUGACUUCUGUUUGGUGUGACGCAGGUUGCGGUAGACUCACGUUAAGAGUUUUUGAGAAAUAAUUCGGUAUCCUUACUUCAUUUAUUUUAGACAUUUUCAUCCGAUAGAUAAAUAUUCCACAAUAUCUAAAUCCGUUUGGAUUCUUUAUUUUAUCGGAUAUACUUCCUCUCUUCGUAGCUUGGCAGAGUUAACCGCAGGAAUAGAUGGAUACGACGGAUCCGUAUUCUGCUGUACGAGUGGUUUUAGGCAAAUUUCCCACCGACGAAAAUGCCAAAGACUCGAUGGAGCAACGUGACAUGGAAGCUCAGCGAAUUCAUGUGCAGAUAUUGAAUAUUGUUGAGCAGUUGAAUAGUUUAAAACCAUCUUACAAUGGACAAAUGAAUGCAAACGCCACCGAAAAAGAUUGUUUAUUGGCUACCCUACACACACUGGAAAGAGAUACAGAAAGAAAGAGAUUGUAUUUGAAAGAAAAAGAAAUUGAGCUAGAAGAUUUGCAGCAGCUAUCUGAAGUACGACGAGAUAUCGCGGAUGAGCAAAAAAGGCAAUUUGAAUUAAUAAAAACCUUCGAGGCGGAAAACAAGGAAAGCUGGACUGGAGGUACUGGAAUGACCACUUAAAAAUUUCAGUUAAGUAUUUCAUUUUCACCUGUCAUCCCUUAAAUAAUCGUGAUUUGC